UUUGACAAGUAGUGAACUCAGACGUCACACUCACAGACUACAAUUUCUAAUUUUCUAUUAGUCUGUGUUCACUCACUACUUGUCAAAAAAAGAGUUGAAAAUUGAAUGCAAAGCAAAUAAUUAUAGUGAAUAAAAACAAUUGGAAAUGGCUUAUUGGAAUUCCUCAGAAUCUGGAAUUUUGAGAAAAAAAAAGAAAGAUGAUGAUUUGGAAAAGCUACUAAUAUUUGGAUAUGCUUGUAAAUUGUUUAGAGAUGACGAAAAAGCUUUACAUAUUGAUCAAGGAAAGCAUCUCAUACCAUGGAUGGGCAACGAAAGUCUUAAAAUUGAUAGAUAUGAUUGCCGGGGACAUCUAUCAGAUUUGAGUAGGUAUGAAGCAAGUCGAGAAGAUUAUGAUACUACUAGAUGGUUAGGUCUUGAUGAACAUGAAAGAAAAUUAGAACAGUUAUGUGAUGAAGAAAGAUAUUAUUCGCUAUUGAACAAUGAAGAUGAUGAAGACAUGUAUAAAGAAGAGGAAUUGAAAAGAAGUCAUACCAAUGAAUACCAGUACAACUAUGAUGUUCCUACUAAUCCUGAUGAAAAAGAAGUGAUUUCAACGGUUUCAGAAAAUGAUAUCGAUGAGAAAUAUGUACCUUCACCAGACUUAGAUGUUCCUGUUGAUAUAGCAAUUCCUAAAACGAUGAAGGAAUAUACAAGAAUUGAAAAAACUGCUAUAUUUGUGUCGACUCAAGGACCUCAAAUGGAAAUUUUGAUUAAAGCUAAACAGAGUGACAAUCCACAGUUCAGUUUUUUGAACCAGAAUGAUCCUUUAUUUAAAUUCUAUAGACAUGUUCUAGACAUUGUCAAAAAUAGAAGAUUCAGGGCCAAUGUUGCUAAAUCUGAUUUCAAUGUAUCCUCAUCUCCAACAAAUGAGAAUAGUGACCAUUACCUGCAUCCAAGUUUGGUAUCAUCUGCAACUCCCAGUACGAUGGUACAACCCACAAUACCUAGCAUUCCAUACAGACCAAAUGCAAACUGUGCCUAUUCACAACUAGUCAGUAGAAUACAAGGUACCACUAAAACUGGAAGUACCGUCCAACCUUCCAAAAAUUCAGCUGCUUCAGAGGACCAGGGGAUCCAAAACAUGCAUUUAGAAGAUGGUGUCCAACUAGAUGUGACUAAUCUGACUUAUGACCAACAGCAGCAAUACUAUCAGUACUAUAUGCAGAGACAUUAUUACGAAUAUUACAAACAUCUAUUAGAGAAAGGUUCUAGUGAUCCCUCUUCUAAUCCUGAGUCAGUGGAUCCCAAUAUACAAGCUUUCAUCCAACAAAUGAUGUAUUCCCAAUAUAUACAGCAAAGUCAAGCUCAAGAGCCUCAACAACAAUCAUCAAAUCCUUAUGCGCAAAUUGUAUCAAAUUUAUGUAAAGAAAUGCCACAUCCUCCUAAUUUGAAAACUGAUAUAUCGAAGGAUCCUAUCAUAUAUAGCGAAAGAAAAGAACCUGUAUCCAUUUUUUCUGCAAAUGAAACAAAAAUCUCAAAUGGCGAAAAUUCUAAUGAGAACGCUUGUAAUCUAGGAGAUUCACUAAGAGAUGAUUCUCCUAAAAAAGCUGCAUUGUCUUUAAUACAAAACUAUGCUUCUGAUUCUGAAGAAGAAGUAAGUGAUAGUGAACAGGAGUUGAGAAAUUUUAAAAUACCAGAUGAAGAGACAAAAGUGGUGAUCGACAAAAUGGCAGGUUAUGUUGUGAAAAACGGUGGAGAUUUUGAGAAGAUUGUUAAAUCUAGACAAGAUCCUAGAUUUAUAUUCCUCAAGGAAGACCAUGAAUUUCAUCAAUAUUACCGACACAAAGUAGAAGAAGAACAUAUAAAACUGAGAGAAAAAGUUAAACCUAAUGAAGAAGCAGAAAUCAAAGACUUACUGAAAUACAAUGCUGGUAAAAUCCGAGAGAAAAAAAUAAUAGCGCCAGUUAGCUUCUCUAUAAAAAAACCUAAGGAAGAACCACCAAAAGAAAUCAAAAGCGCGCUUCCAGUGGAUGAAGAGACGGACGAAGAAGAAAUUAACAAGGAAGAAACUAUACCACUGGCUCCUGUAAAUCCUCAACCUCCAACUUUAAUCUCUAGUAAUACUACAAAAAAACCAUACAGGAUAGAUACAUCAUUAAUUUCUAGGGAAAAAGAGAAUGAAUCUAAAUCGAAUGUUUGCACAUUGAGCAAUCGUUCGGAAAAUAAAUUUGAAAAAUUGGAACAAAACAAGAGUGGUAAGACAGAAACACAAGAUAAAGAUCAGAAAUCUGUCACUGAGAAAUGUGUAAUAAAAGAAGAAGAAAAAAGUAUUGUCCAUUCCAAAACGGAGAAUGCUUCUGAAAAAGAUGAUCCAAUUUUAGAGAUGAUUGAUUUGACAGAAGAUGAAAAGAAUAUUGAUUCAAUUAGAAAUGCAGAUAUAUUUGAUUUGAAUCCUGAAAAAAAAGGAGCCAUCAGAGAAAAUCGUGCAUUACAGCUAGAAAGAAAACGAAAAGCCUUAGCUUUUCUGAAAUUGAAAUCUGCUUUCAAUGAUAUAGACCAUUUACCAGACGGUGGGAAAACUAUUCCUACCAUUGAUUUGUCUAACAUCCAAUCGCCAAAAAAGAAAUACAUAUCGUCAGAAGGAUCUGAUGAUGACAAGAAGAUACGUUUUCGAAAGAGUAGAUCGAAGACAAGGAAUUACAGCCACUCUAAAAGUUUUAAAGAUAGUGAAAAAAGCUUAAGUAGAAAAGAUAGAGAAAAACAUAGAAAAAUUAGGGCUCCUAGGCUAGAUAAAGACUACGAUAGUGAAGAAAGCGAGAAGGAAGAUGGUGAAAUGUCAGAUGAAACAAAUGACUCGAGAUCUAGGAAAUCAUCACACAAAAAGAAAAAAUCCCACAAGAGGAAACGCGCUAAGAGUAAACAUAGUUCCAAAACCAAAAAGAAAUUCAAGAAAGAUAUGAAAACUGUGCCUUCAAGUUCGAGUGAUUCAGAACAAUCAAUCCAUAGUUAACAACUCAAAUAUACUGUGAUGUUAAGUUUGAAAUUCCAAGAAAACUAUAAAACUGUAUAUAAAUUGAUUUAUGAAUAAAUACAAAAUUUUUUUAAUUUUAA